UGUCCAAUGAAAUCGAAUGGCCUCCUGCAGGUAUCGGUCCACAAAACUUAGCCUUGCACUAUCCGCGUACAGUGCACAAACGAACCCAGCCGUAAUCGCUUCGGUACUAUUAAGUCCGACAAGGCAACAAAAGGCAAACAUCGUCUGAUGUCGCACCCUGGGGCUACACUGUGGCGAAGCUCUGAACCACCAGUAAUGGUCGUUCUUGGCAAAUGAGGCUCUGGCAUACCCUUAUCGACUAUGGUCAGCUGAAAAUGCAGCCUUAAAGGCCGAGUGGUCGAUUCCCUCUAGCCACUUGCCAUGCGCAACUUCGUCCUCCCCCAAUGGAUCCGAAAGGAAGAAGGACACCUCGUUCUAAAAGCCCUCUCCCAGUCCGGGUUGGUGGUUCGCGAGAGGGGAGGAGGGAGGCUACUGAAACGAUGCCCGACUUGGUCACCGAACAGUCUGAGACCAAGAGCUACCCUUCAGGGGGCAACCUGGUUGGAUCUCCUAUUGCGGAUAACAACAAACUCAGGAGCGUCUUUGAAGACAAUUUUGGGGCCUCUCCUCGGCCAGUGAAAUACGAUCAGGCUGGGGUCCUCAUGCUAUCUUGGGACAAAGAAUCUAGCGACAUGGACGUUUCGGAUGAGGUUCGCCGAUUGAGAACUGUGUUUGAGAAAGACUACAAUUUUGCCGUUGAUCAUCAAACACUGAAAGCCACGGAUUUCCCAAAGCCAGAACGCCAAAUUAAAAGGACACUGGAAGAGUUUAUCAUGAAAUACGAAGGGCAUAAAAGGAGCCUCUGUAUCAUUUACUAUGCUGGCCAUGGCUGGGGUGAUGAGACACCAGGCAAAUUGUUCAUUGCUGGGCUAACAGUGUCAAGGGACACCUCUCAACCAGCAUCGGAGCGCGGUUAUAACAAAAUCGCGUGGCAUACUGUGGAGCAUUCUCUAAUGGAAAUGGAAGCCGAUCUACUCCUCAUUUUCGACUGCUGUUACGCAGGCGCCCUCAACAGAGAAAGCCGCGGCCCUGGGCACAGUUUCGAGUUUCUCGGCGCAUGCGACUAUAACGAGAAGACGCAGAAACCGGGACCCGCUUCUUUCACGUCUGCGCUGAUAUCCGCGUUGCAAAAACUGAAAGAUGGCGUGGGUUUCGACUCGGCGGAACUGAGGCGCACUAUUCGCAGUAUGAAGGGGUUUCCUAAGGGAAAACAGCAGCCGGUCCUGUUCGAUCGUUUCAAACGCAACGCCGAGCACGUCUGGAUCGCCCCGCUGCGCGAUAGCACAGAUGUUAUGGAGGAGACGUCCGAACGCACCGAGGAGGUCAGCGUUGCUCGUGAAUACGUGGACCUGCGCUUCCAUUUCAGUAAGCCGCAAGAUGCGGAUGCGGUAGCCAAGCUGGCGAAAGGUUUGAACGCCGUGGCUCACAGGAAUCAUUACAAUUCACUGGGGCUUGGGCGUGUAACGUUCAUGAAGAAAGGCUCGCUACAUCAACAAGUCCAGCAAGCGGCCCAACGUUGGCUUUUUAUAACCCGCAGAUCGGCUAUCGCAGAAAAAGUUCAUCAGCAGCGCCUUUCGAGGGGAUUGAAGUCGCCGCCUGAAAGUGACGGGGAGAAGGCAGAUGAAGCAGUGGAAGAAGCAACUCCUCAGGAACGAAGCUCGAAACGGAGGAGAACAGAUAGUGACUGA